AUGGUUGAUCGGAUUCGCGGUAUCUCUGGCGUAACACCUUUUGCACCCAUGCCACAGGCACCCUUGAACUUCCCAAACAGUGUUCGUCUAAACGUUGAAGCCAUCGACAAGUUACUUGCCAAUGCGUUGCUCUCCGUGGUUGCGGGCGUGGCGAAUGGCAAUAUUAUCACGUUGAGCGACCCAGACGAUGACAGACUGGUUGUUUUCAAGGCGAUGACAGACUGGUUGUUUUCAGGCUUGUAUCCACAAGGAGGAAUAACGGCGAUGGUGUUCUCCUGGAGGAACGUUUUACGGAAGACAAGGUGA